AUGGUGGUGGACGAGUCGACGCUGGUCACCCUGCUGCUGACGUCCCACCCGUCCGACCCCUUCACGCGAAGCCCUCUGGACCACGGCUCCUACAGUCGCCUGCCAGACCUCCAGGCCGACAUUAUUGCUUGGAAGAAAUCUACCAUUGGAGUUAGCUGUAGCGAGAGUGAUGUCAAUAGCGACAGUAUUAAUGACUAUGAGAUCAUGAGAGAGAACGACAGCACCGCCAGGAACAUUGACAUAGACUAUAUCGACAGCACUGAUGUAGACAUGGACAGUUGUGAACUACGCAAAUUGCUUUUGCAGUUUUCAAAUCCUAUGCGAUUAUUAUUGCUUCAAUGUACGUGCAUAGUUGAGGCAGUUGAAAGUGGGAAGGUUUGCGAUGUUGUGUACCUUGACUUUAGCAAAGCUAUUGACACAGUGCCCCAUGAAAGACUGAUUAAAAAGUUAGAGGCUCACUUUGGAUCACGGGCGGAGGCGGGUGUCACAGCGGGCGGAGGCGGGUGUCACAGCGGGCGGAGGCGGGUGUCACAGCGGGCUGAGGCUGGUGUCACAGCGGGCGGAGGCGGGUGUCACAGCGGGCGGAGGCGGGUGUCACAGCGGGCGGAGGCAGUUGUCACAGCGGGCGGAGGCGAGUGUCACAGCGGGCGGAGGCGGGUGUCACAGCGGGCGGAGGCGGGUGUCACAGCGGGCGGAGGCAGGUGUCACAGCGGGCGGAGGCAGGUGUCACAGCGGGCGGAGGCAGGUGUCACAGCGGGCGGAGGCAGGUGUCACAGCGGGCGGAGGCAGGUGUCACAGCGGGCGGAGGCGGGUGUCACAGCGGGCGGAGGCGGGUGUCACAGCAGGCGGAGGCAGUUGUCACAGCGGGCGGAGGCGGGUGUCACAGCGGGCGGAGGCGGGUGUCACAGCGGGCGGAGGCAGGUGUCACAGCGGGCGGAGGCGGGUGUCACAGCGGGCGGAGGCAGGUGUCACAGCGGGCGGAGGCAGUUGUCACGGCGGGUGUCACAGCGGGCGGAGGCGGGUGUCACAGCGGGCGGAGGCAGGUGUCACAGCGGGCGGAGGCAGGUGUCACAGCGGGCGGAGGCAGGUGUCACAGCGGGCGGAGGCAGGUGUCACAGCGGGCGGAGGCGGGUGUCACAGCGGGCGGAGGCGGGUGUCACAGCGGGCGGAGGCGGGUGUCACAGCGGGCGGAGGCAGGUGUCACAGCGGGCGGAGGCAGGUGUCACAGCGGGCGGAGGCAGGUGUCACAGCGGGCGGAGGCGGGUGUCACAGCGGGCUGAGGCGGGUGUCACAGCGGGCGGAGGCGGGUGUCACAGCGGGCGGAGGCGGGUGUCACAGCGGGCGGAGGCGGGUGUCACAGCGGGCGGAGGCGGGUGUCACAGCGGGCGGAGGCGGGUGUCACAGCGGGCGGAGGCGGGUGUCACAGCGGGCGGAGGCAGUUGUCAUGGCGGGUGUCACAGCGGGCUGAGGCAGGUGUCACAGCGGGCGGAGGCGGGUGUCACAGCGGGCGGAGGCGGGUGUCACAGCGGGCGAAGGCAGGUGUCACAGCGGGCGGAGGCAAGUGUCACAGCGGGCGGAGGCAGUUGUCACGGCGGGUGUCACAGCGGGCGGAGGCGGGUGUCACAGCGGGCGGAGGCGGGUGUCACAGCGGGCGAAGUCAGGUGUCACAGCGGGCGGAGGCAAGUGUCACAGCGGGCGGAGGCAGUUGUCACGGCGGGUGUCACAGCGGGCGGAGGCGGGUGUCACAGCGGGCGGAGGCAGGUGUCACAGCGGGCGGAGGCGGGUGUCACAGCGGGCGGAGGCAGGUGUCACAGCGGGCGGAGGCAGGUGUCACAGCGGGCGGAGGCAGGUGUCACAGCGGGCGGAGGCAGGUGUCACAGCGGGCGGAGGCAGGUGUCACAGCGGGCGGAGGCAGGUGUCACAGCGGGCGGAGGCGGGUGUCACAGCGGGCGGAGGCAGUUGUCAUGGCGGGUGUCACAGCGGGCUGAGGCAGGUGUCACAGCGGGCGGAGGCGGGUGUCACAGCGGGCGAAGGCAGGUGUCACAGCGGGCGGAGGCAAGUGUCACAGCGGGCGGAGGCAGUUGUCACGGCGGGUGUCACAGCGGGCGGAGGCGGGUGUCACAGCGGGCGGAGGCGGGUGUCACAGCGGGCGAAGGCAGGUGUCACAGCGGGCGGAGGCAAGUGUCACAGCGGGCGGAGGCAGUUGUCACGGCGGGUGUCACAGCGGGCGGAGGCGGGUGUCACAGCGGGCGGAGGCAGGUGUCACAGCGGGCGGAGGCGGGUGUCACAGCGGGCGGAGGCAGGUGUCACAGCGGGCGGAGGCAGGUGUCACAGCGGGCGGAGGCAGGUGUCAGAGCGGGCGGAGGCAGGUGUCACAGCGGGCGGAGGCAGGUGUCACAGCGGGCGGAGGCAGGUGUCACAGCGGGCGGAGGCAGGUGUCACAGCGGGCGGAGGCAGGUGUCACAGCGGGCGGAGGCAGGUGUCACAGCGGGCGGAGGCGGGUGUCACAGCGGGCGGAGGCGGGUGUGA